GGUUAAUUAGUAUUUAUGAACAUUAGCGAAGUAUUAAGUGCCGAGGUUAGCCCAGCUUUCGAACAAAAACAAGAAAAAGGAUUCUUUAAAGGAAUCAUACUAGCAGUGAUUGCAGUCGUAUGCUCAUCAUGCAUCAUGCCAUUUGUGAACUUAUAUGAAGAUGUACCUUUAGCCAUGAUUGGAGUAUGGAGGUAUCAGCUAAACUUUCUGUAUUGCAUUCCAAUCACUUUGUAUCUGUGGAAGAAGAAUAAGAAAUCUUUGGAUUAUAAUGAAAUAUUCACUUGGACAACACUUUCAGAAAUACUAAUAGCAGCAUCGCUCACUUGUAUUGGCUCGACUAUCUCUUUUGUUGGCUCUAAAGAAACUCUUGUAAGCCAUGUGACUGUACUAUGCAACUCUGGAGGAGUGCUUCUAAUCAUAGCUAACAUUAUCAUGAUGAUUGCAGUCAAUAGAUUUGAGAUCAUUGGAACUUGAGGUGUUGUAGUAGGAAUCAUCAUGUUGAUCAGUGACAACAGCUCAAAGAAAUUAGGAGGAGAGACUAAUAUCCUAUACGGAGACUUCCUUUGUAUAAUAUCCAUGCCAAUGUUCACUUUGGCCUUUAUCUUCAACUCAAGAGCAAUCAGAAAGCUUCCAUCUUUGAUAGUAUUCCACUGCUUCUGUUUGAUUCAACUAUGCUACUUUGGAGUAUAUUGACUAACUACAUACAACGUCUCCACUUCAGAGCUGUUUAGCAGAGACCCACAGACCGGCUUUUUCGGAUGGACCCAGCCCCAAUGGCUGCCCCUUUCAACUUUGGUCAUUACACCAAUCUGUGGAAUUAUUGGAGUAGGAAGCUACAUUUUCAUGCUUGAUUAUUUCCCAGUACACAUUGUAGCAGGAAUGUUUCUAAUGAAGCCCUUCACAGCACAGAUUCUUGGAUGUAUACUUGGUCAGGAUGGCCUCCCAAGCCUCGGAACCUAUGUAGGUACGACUAUCAUAUCAAUCGGGCUUGGCCUCACCAUUUUUGGUAGCUUAAAGACUCAAGAAGAAGAGAUAAAAAAAUUAGAAGAUUACGAAUCUCUCGAAAUGUCUUUAAUAGAGUGUUAACUCUUUUGGUGAAUUAUAAAUUGUAAAUAUCCGAUUAUAUUUAAUAAACUCAAU